AUGGAAGAUCCCGACAAUGUCCCACCCGCCGACGAUGUCCUGAUGCGCGAAGCCACGCCGUCGCCCAUUACUACUACUACCAAUAACAACAACAAACCCCCCACCAAAAAAGCCAAAACGACAGAAAUUAGUUUCUUGACGGGCAAAGAAGGUGUUUGUCGGAUUGAAGUGGCCCGUGUGGAAUGGCUGACCACGGCACCGUGGCAACGCACGACGCAAACCAAAUCGAGUGGCACCGGCUUUUGCAUUCGCGAUGAAUUGCUCUUGACCAAUGCCCAUGUCGUCAAGAGUGCCGUCGAUAUUCGGGUUCGGAAACACGGGAGUACGCGUCGGUAUGCCGCGCGGGUCGCUGUGUAUGCCCCGGAUGUGGAUUUGGCAUUGUUGGAAAUCAAAGGUGCCGAUGAAAAGAAAGAAUUCUUUGGGACACACGACGAUUUGGCACUGGAAUUGGCAAAAGAGCUUCCGGCAUUGCAAGAAAGUGUGCACGUCGUUGGGUUCCCCACGGGUGGAACGACGAUUUGUAUUACCGAAGGAGUCGUCAGUCGCAUUGAUUUGGUCUCGGCAUCGGCAUUCAACAAUUUACUCGCCAUUCAAAUUGAUGCCGCUAUUAAUCCAGGCAAUAGUGGAGGACCCGCCUUUGACAAACAGGGUAAAGUCACGGGUGUGGCAUUCUUCAAGAAUACGUCCAAAAAGACAGACAAUGUCGGAUAUCUGAUUCCCUCUUCGGUAGUAGAAACAUUCCUGGGUCGCUGUCAAUUGGAUCGCGACGAACAAACCAGUCUCUACACACUCUCCCCAUCCGUCCCGUACGAUUGGCAUCCCCUCGAAAAUGCCAGUUUGCGGUUGGCUCAUAAAGUACCCAGCUCGAUUCACGGCGUGCUACUCACGAGUGUCUCCAAUACACUCGAGGGCAUUUUAAAAGUGGGCGAUGUUCUCACACAUGUCGAUGGAAAAGCGAUUGCCGAUGAUGGACAAGUGGUACUGCGACGAGAUGAACUCAUUCAACACCGGUACCUCCUAAGGGGCAAACGCGUCGAUGAACCGACAAUCUUCACGGUCUUUCGGGAUGGACAAGACAAUCAACAGUGUCCCCCGUCUGUGUUGCGGAAUAUACCCAGUAUUUGUCUGCGAUGGAUUGAUGUCGAUUAUCCACCGGAUUAUCUCAUUCUCGGUGCACUCGUGUUGUUACCCAUGUCGUGGGCGUUGCGAUCGCACAAACGAUGCGGUACUCGAUUGAUUGGGGAUUGUAUUGAUUGGUGUCAAAAAUGGCCGCAAGAUUGGGAGGGCAAGACGGGGUUGGUCGUAUUGGUGGAUAUACUGGCACAUGAACUCACAUUUAGUUAUAGUCGACCUUGGAGACGUGUCACGGCAUACAAUGGGACACCGGUCUUGUCCAUGGAGCAUUUGAGAGAUUUGUGGCAACAGUCCUGUCAGGAUUCCAAGGCGGCUGUCGAAGCGGGCAAUACGGAACCGACAUUUGCGCGAAUUCAAUUGCAGAGUGAUGACGAUAUUGUACUGGAAGUGCAGUCUGCCAUGGCGGCCGAGUCGGAAGUGUUGGCACGGCAUCAAAUCCCCACCGCGUCGCAUAUCAGUCCACCCAAUCCCAAUUACAAAUAA